AUGGAGAGAUUUUUAGGGCUGGCUCAAAGGGCGAACCGCCUCGUAGAGGAUAAAGAUCAAGUUCACAUGGAUCGUCAACAACAAGUCGAUAUUAGCUACAAUACUCUUCAACUAUCUCGCGUUGCGUCUAGUCCUUUGUCUUUCCUCCCAGAAUCAGGUGGAACGAUGGAUACUUUAACCUCAUUACAGCAGGUAUCUAAGACAAGUACAUCUAUGAUGUUACCGGAUCUAGGACAUCAGCUCUCUUUGGAUUCCGCCACUUCGAUCACUAUCGAGUCUGAGCUACCCGAUAUACGUCACAACCACCUUUGGGGUAUUCCCAAGGACAUCUCAACAGACGUGACAAGCGCUAUACCAUACAUCCUCGCCGGCCGCGAUAGCUUUUCUUCGUUCCUCUACUUUGAGACUAUCGCUAUGGUGGGGAAGGCCCUUCGGGGAGAGAUUCCCCAAGACAUCUUGAACGGCGUUCUUCGGUACAAAAGACGCUAUGCCACUUUCUCUCAGGUCUUGGAUGUUGUCACCGAGGUCAUGAACAUGUUGCUUCACGGAACAAGCCGGAGUCCCAAGAUGUCGAAUACCUGA